AUGGUUACUCUGGCUCCUCACGACAACAGAGACCCAUUCCACACGAAAUCAAUGAAGAAGCUGCCGCCAGUAAGCAAACUUGAAUUAAAGUCGUACGAAUUCGAAGCUUCUAGAUGGGGUCUUCACAUGAACGUAGAGACUUGUGUGCUCCAAAGCCUGACGCUGGAAAGUUGCAAGCAUAUUGACUUCCUAUUUGAACGUCUGAUCUCACAAGGCACAAGCCUUACAGAGCUUCGUAUACGUCACCCAAUCUGGAAAAGCGAGAUUGAAGACAUGCAGAUGCAACAAAAUUCCCUGCAAGACUUCCUUUGCUCACAAUCUUCACUCGAGAUAUUUGAACUCGACUCUAUCGGUUCUGCAUUUUCGUCAGAAAUGCUACAGCUUGUGUCGCAAAUGCAACAUCUUCGUGAGAUUCUCAUCACAACUCAAGUUGAUUAUAUGAGCGUGGAUACAAACUUUGAUUCUGGCAUCCUCCUCAAGGUUGCAAGCGCGGUCUGGACGGAUCGUUUGGAAUCACUUGUUGUUACAAAGCGUUUCAUGGCCUCUUACAGCUCCACCACAAUUGAUGUAAAUAGAUGGAUGAUUCGUAAGGAUGGAGAAGGUUAUCGAGUCUUGAACGAAACAUUUAGGGCGAGCGAACAUCAACUGAAUCUAUGGUGCCGGAGCCUCCAGCGCACCUUGCCGUCAGAGUUUGAGAAAUACCAAGUCAGGCGGGAGUAUCAUGACAAGAUUAAAUGCGAGAUUGAAAAAGAAGGGAAAAGUGCUUUAGACAGGCUAGCUCAACAGCUUUCUAAUCCUAGGUGUCAGCGCAGACAAUCUAUCCGGAAAGGAAGAAGAGCCGUAAUGAUCAAGUGCGAUGUCUCGACGUCCGUUGAGAAUAAAUAG